UUGUUAGAUCAGGACAAUGGCCUCAAAUUCUUUUAUGCUUACGGAGAUAUGUUCAGUCCUGUCUUUAAUAAGCUUACAAGUCCCUGGAUUUCAUACACUCUCAUUAUAGACAUCCAACACUACAACUGCAUCUCAACAUUACAGACAAGAUCAAAGAGGAAUCAACAAACAAGAUGAACGCCCCUCGUUUUCUCCUCGUCAGCCUGGGGAAUCCAGAGCCACACUACAACACCCUUCACUCGGCAGGCCACCAUGCCCUCAACUCUCUUCAGAAACUCCUAGGCCCCUCACAACCCGCCUUCCACAGAGGUCGUUUCGGAGGCAGUUCCUGCUUGGCCUCAUUCGGUCCCAAAUACGCAAUGAUCCAGAGCCCCUCCGUCAUGAACGUAACCGGAAAAUGGUUGGCAAAGGCGUGGAAAGAGACACUUGGCACCCGGAACCCAGCAGACUUGAGUCUCAUCCUCGUUCACGACGACCUAGAAGAGGACCUGGGCUUCGUCAAGACAAGAAAGUGGAAGAGCAGCCACAGAGGUCACAACGGCAUCAAGAGCGUCAAUAACUGUCUCCGCGAGGCGGAUUACCCAGAGUCAAAGUGGGCAAGGAUAGCAGUCGGCAUUGGGCGGCCCGACGAGCGCGAUCACUCUACGGUAUCUAACUACGUCCUGAAGCGCAUGACCAAGGACCAAUGGGCUGCUCUCGAGAACGAAGGCGGACCUGGUGUGCUUGAGUGCCUUCUCGCAUUUGAAGAGAAGCUUGAUGCUGCAGCUGGGAAGUGAAGCAUCCGAAGCAUUACUCACUUCUCAUCCUCCACCUCACACCUUGGCCGCCCGGUAGCCCUACAUCCAUUCUGAGCCUUCGCCGUAAUUCGAGGCGGCAAGAAGGCAGCAUGAGACGAUGGCCUUGCAAAUGCGCCUCUGC